CAGUGACACUGACAGCACGACGUUAGAGUGGAUCAGUGGAGAAAAUAAUUGAAAAUUAUUAAAAUUAAUAGUUUUGUUAAAACUAAAAUCAAGUUCGGCAUUAAAAAUUUGUAAUUACAUAAUAAUAUGAAAAAUAAUUAGUACAGCUAUAUAUAAAUAAGCGAAGAUGUUUAAUUCUCUCUUGCGCGGUUUCCUGAGCAUAGCUGAUCCUCCGAACAAGGUUCUAGAAGUUCGUUCAGACAAUUAUAUCUCAAGGCCAAUACAUUACAGAGAGGAUUCCAUGUUACUCUAUGGACCAAAAAUCCCACCAGAUGGAAAAAAUUCAAAGGAUAAAUUCUACGAAAUAGUAUUACAUAAACCGUUUACAGAAAGCUUGCACCAUAUGUACAGCUUGUUUCGAUCAGAAACCCGUGAGACAUGUGAAGAACGAUUCAUUGUAUAUAAAGAGAGAAUACCGCUCUAUGUCAAAAUAACUAAAGAAUGUACAGUAGCAGGCCUUCAAAAACUCUGUGACACACUGACAGAGCACCAGUCUUGGUCGGUUGCACAUUUGGUGGCACAUUUUGGCCAGUACGAAUUGUUCAAUGAUUCUGAAGUUCAAAAACAAAUUGACGAUGUUGAUCCCUCAACAGGCAUCACUCCGCUUAUGGUGGCUGUAAAAUCUGGUAACAUAAGAAUGGUGCAAAGCCUAGUAUCACUAAACUGCUCCCUAGACACAGUGGACAGUGAAGGUAACACAGUAUUCCAUUAUGCAGCUGCAAGUAAUAAGGAAAUCAUUAACGUGCUAGCGGGAAAGACUUCAGCGUCCCUGAACAUUUACAACAAGCAGGGCUACACACCCCUGCACAUGGCGUGCCUGGCGGACGCGCCCGACUGCGUGCGCGCGUUGAUACUUUCGGGCGCGGACGUCAACUUGAGUGCUGCUGAGAAGAGAAUCACUGUGAGCACCACGUAUACAAUGCCAGGCAUAGUAGGCGAUGUCCUCCAAGAUAAUCAACCAAAGCUUUUCCAACAAGACAUGAAGCGUGGUGGUACACCGUUACAUUGGGCGAUAUCAAGAGAAGUAAUUGAAGCGUUAGUUGACAAGAAGUGUGAUAUAAACGCUCUGAACUUCGAUGAAAGAACAGCUUUACAUAUAAUGGUUCUGAGAGGUAGAUUGGAAUGUGCUAUAGCACUAUUAUCUAGAGGAGCAGAACAUUCUAUAGGUGACAAUGAGGGGAAUACACCAUUACAUUUGGCAGUAAAACAGACAAAUAUAGCCAUAGUACAAGCGUUGGUAGUUUUUGGAGCUGAUUUGGAGAAGAAAAAUAAUGCUGGCUUUACUGCCAGACACAUUGUUCCUACUGAUAUGUCGAACAAUAAUUAUGAUAAAAUUUUGUAUAUCCUUCAUUCGGUUGGUGCACAAAGAUGUUCAUCAGACAUACCGGGUUGUGGGUCGGGUUGCUCGGCCAGGGGGGAGUACAACGGGGUCCCUCCCCCGGCGGUGGCGCGAGCUGCUACUCGACAACAGAUCAACGAUAUGCUCACAGCGGCAACCAUGGCAAAGGCGUCGUGUUUGGAAACCAGUGAGAAACAGGGCCGCUUGCUCUGUUUGGACGGCGGAGGCAUUCGAGGGCUAGUUCUAAUACAAAUAUUACUAAACUUAGAAGCAGCGGUGGGGAAGCCAAUCAUACACUGCUUCGACUGGGUCGCAGGCACCAGCACUGGUGGAAUACUGGCUUUGGCAUUAUCUUGCGGGAAGACUUUGAGGGAAUGCCAGAGGUUAUACUUCAGGAUGAAGGAAUUCGCGUUUGUUGGAAUGAGGCCUUACCCGUCGGAGGCUUUGGAGGGUAUACUUAUGGAAUGUUUAGGUACAGAGACAGUAAUGGCGGAUAUCGACCAUCCCAAACUAAUGAUCCUGGCUGUGUUAGCGGACAGACAGCCAGUCGAUUUGCAUAUAUUCAGGAACUACCAGUCCGCACAAGAAAUUCUAAACGAAUACAAUGGAACUUGCAGUCCUCACGCGGAGGCAGGAGACCAGGCUUCAGUGGUUUCUCUGCCCGCGCCACCUCCGCCGGCCGAACAGUUGGUGUGGCAAGCGGCCAGGGCCACCGGAGCCGCGCCUUCUUACUUCAGGGCUUCAGGCAGGUAUCUGGACGGAGGUCUAAUGGGCAACAACCCGACACUGGACGCGCUGACCGAGCUCGCCGAAUUACGGUUAGCGUUGGAGGCGACGGGACAACACGAAAAGGCCAAGAAGACUCGUCUAAAAGUCGUCAUUUCUUGUGGAACAGGAUUGAUCCCAGUGAAGAAAUUAAAAGACAUAGACGUCUUCAAACCUGAGAGCUUGUGGGACACGGCGCGACUUGCUUUGGGACUUACUGCAAUCGGAAGCUUGUUAGUUGACCAGGCUACACAAUCGGAUGGUCGCGUGGUGGAACGAGCGCGCGCUUGGUGCAGCGCUCUCGGUGUUCCCUACUACCGGUUCGCGCCGCAAAUGUCGCGCGACGUGGCCAUGGACGAGCGUUCGGACGAGCGACUCGUCACCAUGCUGUGGGAGGCGCACUCCUACAUGCGCGACAACCGUGACAGACUGGCAGAGCUGGCGGCCAUAUUGCGCGACAAUGAUGAAAUUAUGAAAUAAGAUCACAAUGCACAAAUUAGUCGUAAAAUGUAUGUAGUUUUAUUUUUAGUUCUAAUUCGUAUGCUCUCAGCUAUUCCAUUACAAUUACUGUUUAAGUAAUUUAUUAAUUUAUUUUUCAUUAUUGAAAAUGGGUAUUAGUUUAUUUAGCAUGUCUAAUUAUAAUUUUUAGUUUAAUGUAAACGUCUAAUUAUAAUUAUAGAACUGUUAUUUUAAUAUUAUGUAAACUGGUUUAUUGACAUCAACUUACUGGGUUUACAGAAAAAAAUGUAAAUUUUUGCUUUUUAAUAUUAUUUUGGCAAAAAAAUGAAAUAAACGAAUGGCACAAUCAGUUUUUUAAUUUAUUGUUGUGGUGUCAUUCUAGUCAACUUUACGUAAGCGCCUCCUAGCAUAGGCUGCAUCAUCACUCACCAUUAGGUGUGACUGUAGCCAAGCGUUAUUUAUAUUGUGAUAAAGACUAGUUCUCGAAAAUUAUAAAAAAAUUGCGAUUUUUCAUUAAAUAUUAAUUUAGGAAUUUCUUAUUGUUAUUUAUGGUUAAAAUCACUUUGUGAAAUCACUAUGUACCUUUUAUUGUACUUAUCUUUUUCGUUUAAUUUCAAUGAGAUUUUCGUUAAAAAAUUAUGUAUUUGUUAUGAAGUUAAAUAUUUUUGCUUGAUAAUAUAUAUAGACGGUGUCAAAAUUAGUAGGUGAAGAUUUGUUACAAUAAAGUAUUAUUUGACAUUGCUCGCGCUUACAAAAAAAUUAAAUUAAAAACCACGACAAAUAAUCAUUAAUAGUGGAAUCCAUAGACGUUGUGGGGGUGCCCCUAGGGCAUCGUUCACCCGCUGAGUGUCGAAUUUAAACUCUAUGUGUUUGACAAUUCAACACUCAGUGGGCGAAUGGUCCCCUGGGGGUGCCUCUGCGACGUCUAUGAAUUCCACUGCAAGAGGCGAUGAGACCUAUAACACCCUACUCGAUGUGUACUGUUUACUAACAAACAAAUAGAAAUGAAGGUAGAAAACGCAUAUCAUUUCAUAACUUAGUUAUUUUAAAUUAUGUAUUGUUUGUAUAGAGAAUGUUAUUCAAAAUAUAUUAACUACUACUUUGACUUAUGUACCCCUACCCGAUCGAUUUCGAAUAUCGAAUUUAUUUUCAUUAAUUGAAUUAUAAUUAUAAUUAGGUGUGAAAGAACUAGUGAUUUAUACCCUCAUUUUUAUUAAUUUGUUUGUUGAUAAACAGUGUACAUCGAGUGAGGCUGUUAAUUUCUUCAUUUUUUGCUAUUUUAUUCUAUAGUAAUAAAAGAAUAUAAUAGUAUUUAAUAGUGGCAUAAUAAAUGUUCAAUGUAUUGUUUCAUUUUCACCAAACGAAGGUCGAAUGAAGUGCUAUGAGUUUUUUUAAUCCAAGAUCAGGGAAUAUUUUUACGAUUGAUCGACUACUAUCAAGGAAAUUUUCCAUGAUUAAUUUCAUCUUAAUAAAUAAUUAGGCGUCUCGACAGUAAAACUCAUGGAAAAUUAGCUUGAUAAUAAUUUACAGUCAAAGUGGCCCCCGGGUCCUGGACUAUUCUGAACAAGAUCUGAUAAGAAAUUACUUCUAUCGGUUUUGGGAGCAAUUCCGAAUCGUAUAUAAUUUAUAAUCCCUAAUCCUUGUGUAUAUAAUCCCUAAUCCCUAUUUAUAAACACAAUAACGUAUGUGCAAUACGCUUUAUGUAUUACUGGGUAGAUUUUCAAUAAAAGGAUAUUUUACUAAUGUUUCAUUAUAUAUACCUACACUAGAUUUAGUAAACAGCACAACUCCAAAGUGUCGAAAGUGGUUGGUUGGUUGUUAUGUGGAAAAAAGGUGUUAUUUUUUGUUUAGUUCUACUAGCGGAUAAAAUAUAGCCCAUGUAUGACAUCAGCUACCUUCGAAUUAAAGUCCCGUCAAAUCAAAAUCAAUCCAGCUCUUUCAGAGAUUAGCCGGAACAAGCAGAGAGACAGAGAGAUGAAAAUUUUGAAAAAUAUUUGUUUUUGAAAUAACUCGGUGGCAUCCCUAAAUAUUUCUUACAUGUAGAAUUUUUACAUUUUACAUUCUUCUAAAGAAAAGAAAAUUUCAACGUCUCAACAACAACAUAUAAUUAUGUAAUAAAAGUGUGUCAGCUCCGACGCACGAAUGGAGUUUACUCUUUCAGAUCGACGUCAGAAAAGUGAAAGGUGCGCAGAAUAGGUUUCGCACAAAAAACGUAACGCUGUCGUUCGUUCAUAUUUUUUUCAUACCGGGGGCUAUAUAUGAAAAAUCGAUUCUUAAGGAGUAAACUCCAAAAAAUAUGCGCUUUACAUUGCUAAGUUUUAUUAUAUAAAGUGUUAUCAUAAUAUUCUGCUGAAAUUCUCCAUAUAUGAAUUUGUGUUAGGCAUUCGCUAUUGCACUGUAAGCUGUCACUUCUGACUGAUUGUGAUAAUAAUGAUUUAUUUAUAUGUUAAAUAAAUAUCCUUUAAAACGA